GUCGUGUGCGUGCAGUCGCCAAAGCUUACCUACGCGCGUAAUGGAGUGGAUGACCAAAACCUGCAACUUCACUAAAAUGAUGCUCAAAUUUUCCCUCCGUUUUCUGUUUCCGGUUGUCGCAGCGGCACUUCUAACGGGUGUUAAAGGUGCUGCGAUUCAGAAAGUGGCUGAAGACAUGUCUCCAUUUCCAGUUUAUCCCACCAUCAAGUUUCAGGUCCUCAAUGUAGACCAUGUGUUCCUGAAACAGGACAGUCAGCAGCCAUCAGGGAACUCCAGCCUAAAAGCUCAGACUGAGACUUUUCUCAUCACUGGACCUGGUGCUGGGCUUCUCCAGCCAUCUGUCAACGCUUCAUAUGGCCCCCUGGCUUUAGAUGCCUCUAUUCCUUUAGACCUGCUCCUCAGUGGGCGCAAGAUCCUGCCAGUCAUUUUGAGCCGCCAGGUUCGUUCCUCAUCCCCGGUUGUUAAGAUUCUGUUCCACAUGCCCACAGAAAGCAAUAUCACUGCUUGGCAAGAAACAACAGGCUCUACAGAAGAUAAUGGGAAGAAAAAUGAUAGCACUAAGCCCAAGGAUGGAGCUCACUGUGUUACGGCUUAUGCCUUCUGGGAGACCAGGGAAGUUCGUGGGGCUUGCCUGGUGUCUCCUGGUGGAUUCUGUGUGGCACAGCUGAAGCCAGAACACUCCUGGUUCAGCUCAGCUAGCAGAUCAGGAAGCUCUAGCAGGGAAGCAGAAAGCACUGAUGGGAUUAAGGGACCUCAGGGGAACCUUGUGGAAGUCUACUUCCAGAGUCGAAGGGACCAGACUGGCCAGUGCAUCCCACAGGAUAGUCUGCAACGAGUAGGAGUGGGAAGAGGAAGAGAUACUGGGGGAUCAGGGACACCAAUGAUGAGGAUAGGAAGUGUCAGUCUGCUCAAAAGUGCACCAGGGAAUCCCACUUUUCUUCGACUGAGGCUGGGAGGUGCUGUGGUGAUCCAGACUUCUUCCAAACCCCUCAAGACCAGUGACGUUGCAACCUUCUAUGUCUUUCUUGCUAGUACGUCUACCUUGGAAAGUUUCACACUGAGGGCUGCAGUGAAAACGGGCCUGUCAUUCAGUGCAGCUCGGCCUAGUGACUCAGCACUAUGGGACAUGGUGGUGGAGCCUGGCAGAGGAGCCGCUCCAAACACAGUGUCUGUUGUUUGCCGCAGAAAGGCUGCUAUCACUGCAAAGAGGGGUCUUCUGGAGGUUUUACAGCUGGACUUUGUACCAAAAGGUGUUUCAGAGCAGGUUGAAAGUCAAACCAUCUCCUGGCGUCUGGAGUUGCCAGGCAGUGUGAAGGAUGUGGGCGUUAUGCGGAUCUACACCACCCAGAGAGACUACGUGGGGCUGGCACCUCUGGUCAUGAACACGGAUAUACUGAAUACUGCACUGCUGACGGGAAAAAGUGUUUCAGUCCCUGUGAAAACUCUUGCCGUUGAGGCCAGUGGCUCAGUCACUGAUGUGACCAACUACACCAACUGCAAGUCUACAGAGGAGGAUGUACUCAAGGUGUCAGAGCGCUGCAACUACAUAUAUGUAAACGGAAAGGAGACAAGAGGGAAAAGUAGGAUAAUGCUCAACUUCACCUAUGGUUUUCUGAGUGCCCAGCUGGAGAUGAGUGUAUGGAUGCCCCGCCUGCCCUUGCGUAUCGAUGUGGCCGACCCUGAGCUCAGCCAGAUCAAAGGUUGGAGGGUUCCUGUUACUACUGGAAACAAGAGGUCUACAUGGGACAGUGAAGAAGAGGAGGAGAUGAGGAAGGGCAGGGGUUGCAUGCUGCAGUACCAGCACUCUACAGUAAGGGUGCUCACACCCUUUGUAGCCCAGCCUGACACUGAGGCACUCCCAGACGCGCUAACGGGGGAAAAACCUGUUGAAUACUUUCUGGGUUCUGAUUGGCAGAUAGAUGUGACCAACCUCGUGCGCUACUCUCUAAACGUAGCAGAUCCUGAUGUAGCUAGAGUGCAGGACGGGGUGGUGCUGCAAGGAAGGGCUGUGGGCACCACUACUGUACAGGUACUGUCCCCUCUGACGUCAGCAGUCCUGGCUGAGAGGAGCAUCAGGGUGGUGGAGGAUAAAGUGAGCGUGACAGAGCUCGGAGUGCAGUUGGUGUCUGGGCUCUCUCUGUCCCUGCAACUCAGUCCAGGGAGCAACAGGGCUAUUGUUGCCACGGCAACUACUAAAGAGAUGAUCAUGCAGCACAAACAGGAGGCAUUGGUCAGCUGCUGGGUUUCAUUCAGCGAUGGGGCAGUUGUUCCACUGGAGCUGUUCGACCGUAGUAUCUACUCUCUGACAGUCUCUACACCAGAUGAGCGGGUGGCCACAAUGCGCCGCACCCCACAGUCUGCAUUUGUAGUAGCAGAAAGUGAAGGCGAAGGCCGGGGAGCACUCGUGAGGGUGGAACUGAGGAUCUGUGAAGAAUGCCAGAAAUCUAAAAGGAAGAGCAAGUUGGCAGUGGGCUCAGGGCUUCUCAAGAUCAAUUUCCAAAGUAGCAGCAGAACUGCAGCAGGAGAAGGGAAAGGGGGCACUGACAGAAAUAAGGAUUUAAAUGGCAGUGCAUCAAAAGUGAUGAGCAAAACAACAGUGACAUCAAACAGUGCUGUCACAGAGAUGGAUAAACAGCUGAACAGAACCAAUCUGUCUGACCAGCAAGAGUCUAUUCUGGCAAAAACUACCACCCCAACGACAAUUUCAACCAGAAAUGCACAGCCACAUGUUGUCUGGAUUGGAAAGACCACCAAAGCUCCAAAAGGUUCCACCUAUACUGUCACUACCACAGCUUCUCCUACAACAAUCAGAAAAUUGAUCUUAAGUACACAACUUAGCACUGCCAAACCUAUAGUAACAACAGUGGAUGUUGUCCGUAAAGAAGAAGGGAAUAGGAAAAGCUAUGGAAACAUGCUUGACAACCCCGAUUCCCCUCCAGACAAUGAUACUCCUAAAGUAGAAGUUACACCCAAGAAGGAGCCGCCUAAAUCUAAAACUCCCAAAUUAAUUGAGAGUGACCUCAUUAGGACAUUCAAAGCUAUGACGGACAUGGAAAUUGGCAUGUAUGCCUUGGUGGGGGUCUCCUGUGUAGCCAUUUUGGCUUUUUUGCUCAACUGUGCAUCAUAUAGUCUCUGUUUCAGGAAACAAAAGACCCCCAUACAGGCCGGGACAGACCCCAGCACAGACACAAAGGGUCACAAGCAUGACUGGGUUUGGCUGGGGAACACCAAUCACAGUGCUCCUACCUCAGGUGCCCCAGCUCAAGUGUCCACACUAAAACGCGAGCCUCAUCGCCCCCUGGAGUCCCGCAGUUCGAUAGAUUCCAUGGGCCAUCGCAGCCUAGAAAGCACGUUGCCCACAGUGAGUGCCGCGGCUGUCCCAGAAAGAACUGCCACCCUGGGACGCAGCAGGAACAGCUCUCAGCACCAGCAGUUUCAAGGAAAGGCAGUUGAUCCCAUGGCAAACCGUUCAGCCACCCUACUGGCGAGGCCUCACCGCAGCGAGCCUCUUCAUUCUCCCACCAGUAAGAGAAAUCAGGUCCAGUUCACCACCUUCACCACGCUGGACAUCAAGCACUUGGCUGCACUGAAGAAGAAUGGUGUUGAAUUAGACUGGGCCAACCAACAGAAGCAAAAGCAACAGCAGGCCCCUGCUGAACCUCAAACACCUUUACCUGACAUGCCAUGGCCUGUAGUCAAACCUCUAGGAGAACCCCAGUGAGCUUUUUUUUUUUUUUUUUUUUAAGGUGUGUAUGUGUAUAGGAUGUAUAAAAGGAAAACUUUCAUUUUUCUAUAAAAAGGAAAAAGGAUGGUUUAGGGUGUACAUGAUUACAUGAAGGAGAUUUUGUAUUUAACUUUUGUGCCCAGUGCAAACCUGUACAGACCAAGAUGAAGUGAUACUCUGUUCUUUGUAAAGACUGAAAGCAAUUUGCAUGGUUUUAUCCUCUGAUGCAAAAUUAUUACAUUUGAAAAAAAAAGAAAAAAAACCCUAUAAGCUCUACUGAUUUAUUCCUGUAAAUAUAGACAGUCUCUAUGCUGUUACUUAUUUUUACAUUUCAAAUUCAAAAUAAAUGUUCAGCUCCUUUUGCUUUUUCACAAUCCUGCUGCCCCUGAGAAACAGCUCCAGUUUCAAUGGGGGAUAUUUCUUGUAAGUAAUUCUAUUCUUUUCCAUCCUUUUGUACUUUUUGUAGGAUUCCUCUAGAGAAUACCUGAAGACUCUGUGCAAUUUGUCAGAGAAUAUGCAACAUUUAUCAAGUUAUUUUGAGCAAUCUGUCACUACAGUCUUCGCCAGAUAUUUAUUCAAAUGAAAUGCAAAUAGACUUUGCAGAGUUUGAGAUGGACAUCCCUGAAAUUUUUAACAAAGUUACCUUGGGCUUCAGGCUUCUCCUGGGGGCCUGGUUCUACAAAUUGUAAAAACUGUGUAAUCUUGGUCUCCCGACACAGUGAACAUGUUCAACUGUAAGAUUGUUCAUAUGCAAAUGAAAAAAAAUAUGCCUUUUUUUCUGUAACAUCCUUCUUUUUUUUAAACCAAAAUGUGACGUGUAUUUCCUUUGAGAUUAUAUCAA